AUGGGGGAGUUUUCUUGGAGUGAGUUGGACUCGCAGGGGAAGAUUGCUCGGAUCCUGCACCUCCACCAGGAGCCAGUCAUCAUCAAUUUCUUUCUACGGCUCAGGAAGCCUAAGGCCCAUCCCAGCAUCUCCUCCAAAGACAUGUGUUUCGAUGGGGUGCCAGUCAGACUUUACCAGCCCAAGGCGCCCUCUGCUGGCAGAAGGAAAGGAUUUGUUUUCUACCAUGGAGGGUGUGGGUUGUUUGGAAGUAUCGGGACCUAUCAAAACAUUUGCAGCAGGAUUGCAAAGAACAGUGAUUCAGUGGUCGUCUGCGUUGGGUAUCGCCUUGCCCCUAAACACCCCUAUCCUACACAGCAGAAGGACUGCUACACAGCAACGGUGCACUUCAUGCAACAUGCAGAGAACUAUGGGGUGGAUCCCUCCCAGAUCAUCAUUGGCAGGGACAGUGCAGGAGGCAAUUAUGCUGCAGCCAUUGCCCAAAAACUGGUGGGGAGAUCAGACCUCCCCAAGCUACGGGCGCAAGUGUUGAUCUAUGCGGGCCUCCAAGGUAUGGACUUCAACCUACCUUCCUAUCAGCAAAAUGCCACUUUCCCGCUCUUGUACAGGCAUAAUGUUGUUUAUUACGGCCUGCACUACCUGGGAAAGGACAUCUCUCUGAGGGAUGACGUCUUGAAGGGAUCUCAUGUGCCGGAGGCACUGAGGCUGAAAUAUGGGAAGUGGGUGAAUCCUGACAACAUUCCAGAGAGAUUUAAGCGCCGAGGCUACAAGCGAGUCCCUCUUGCUCCUUUUAAGCCUGAAGUGUACAAGGAAUUGUCCGACAUCUUGGAAGUCUCUUUUUCUCCACUUUUUGCCGAAGACUCUGUUAUCCAACAACUCCCGGAGACUUUAAUUGUGAGCUGUGAAUAUGAUGUGUUUCGGGAUGACUCUCUCCUGUACAAGAAACGGCUGGAGGACAAUGGUGUGAAAGUCAGCUGGUUCCACGUCAAAAACGGGUUCCAUGCGGUGAUGAACUUGACCAAUGUGGGCAUUUAUACCUUUGCUGCUGGUGUAGAAAUACUGAAACAAAUUGCAGAUUUUGUCAAAUGUUUAUGA